AAAUACCAUUGUUUAAAUAGUAGACAUUUAAAUUGCUUUCCAGUUUUUAGUUUCAUGGAUAUACCACUGAAAAUAUUUCAGUGCAAACAUAUUUUUUCUUUGGGAGAAGUUAUUCUAUUUGAAUGUUUCUUUUCAGACUAGAAAUACGGGAUACAAAUACAAAAACACUAUUAUUUUUGCUAGCUUCCUUUCUGGAAAGAUUGAAUUAGUUUACACUGAUACUGGCAGUGUCUAAGUGAGCUUUUCACUGCAUAUUCCUGCUAAUAGUGCUGUAUAUAUUUAAAUUAUGAGUUAUAUACUCUAACUUAAAGUCAUUUUAUUUCACAUUUCUUUAACUGCUAGUGAGGCUGUGUAUCUUUGCAUAUUGUAUUUUUUAAUGUCUAUUUUUUCUUCCUGUAAAUUGUCUCUUUAGCACCUUUGGCUACAUAUUAAGUAAAAUACAGGUAUUAGUUUUAUGUGUAUAGUCCUCUACGUAUAUGGAAAGGUAAACUGUUAUAGUAAUCUACCUUAUCUCCUAACUCUCUGACUUUCCCACUGCAAUCAAUUCAUACAAUACAACCGCAAUCAAUACAAUUUCAUAGCUAAUCUUUUAAAAAUAAAGUUCUAAAAAUACAAAAAAAUUAGCCGGGCGUGGUGGCGGGCGCCUGUAGUCCCAGCUACUCGGAAAGGCUGAGGCAGGAGAAUGGCGUGAACCCGGGCGGCGGAGCUUGCAGUGAGCCGAGAUUGCGCCACUGCACUCCAGCCUGGGCGACAGAGCGAGACUCCGUCUCAAAAAAAAAAAAAAAAAAGUUCCAAUGCCCAAAUUCUUUGGCUAAAAACCUUCACUCACCCACCAAGUAAGUAUAAACCCCUCAGCUGGAUUUUCAAGGCCCUCUUUAACAUACUUCAAAAGGGACUUUUCAGCUUUUUGUCUCUCUUCAUGGCCAAAUUAAAAUGUCUAGUGUUCCGAGAGAGUUCUGAAUGCUUUGUGUCACUAGCUCUUUGCUCAUCCUGUCUAUUGUAGCCGAGCCUCUUUACAGGGAAAGCAUAGUGAAAUCUGCUCCCAAAGUCCCAGAGCCAUUAAAAGUCCAGGACAACUUCUGUAAUAAUGUCUAGAAAAAUGGACUCGGAGUUCCAGUUUGCAAGGCCAUGAACUCAUUUCCAGCAAUAAGCAAGAAGCAACUUUGCCUCAAAUAUAAAGGACCUCAACAGUGUACAGUAAUUAUAUUUCAAUGCUAUAUUAUUUAUUUUUUAAUUUGCUUAUACGAUAAAACUAGGAAGACCUGGCUUUGGUUACAUAGUUCCCUCUGACCUCUUAGUUUGUUAAUUUCUGAUGUUUUUAUCUUUAAACAGCAUUUCUAUGCUCAAUUUGGCACAUCUUGCUUCCAUGUAAGUCAUAACAUCCAUGAAAUUAAUGAUUCAAAAACUCUUGGUCACUUGGCGAUCAGAGCUUUACUCAUCCUAUUUCUUUUUCCUCUUGUGCUCAAAAACUCGAGGCCACCACCUCUCACUGCAUCUCCAGCACUGGGAAACCUUAGGGUUGUUUUUAAAUCCCUUCUUCAUUCUUACAUCUAAUCAAUCAUUUCUGUCUCCUGGAUGUUUCCUGAAGCUGCAUGAUCCUAACUAUUACCAGCACAGCAGUCAAGGCUGUAGCUGAAUGGCUGCUCACCUGGACUAUAACCACAGACAUCCACCUGAAGCCUCCUCCUUUCUUCUUGCUUGUUCUAUCUAGAAGCCUCCUCCUUUCUUCUUGCUUGCUCUGUCUAAACCUUUUCUCCACACAGCUGCCAGAGAAUUCUUCCUAAAAGAAUAAGCUUAUAUGCCACUCCCAAGCCUAACUUUUAUUGCUCCCAUUGCCUUUAGGCUGAGAGUAAGCUCUCCAUAGGGAAUCUAAGGGUUUCCUUGAUAACUUCACCCCCACUUAUCUCUCCAGCUUUAUCUUUUUUAACUUCCUGCCUCAAAAUCUUAUGCCUGAGCAACAAGAAGUGCUUUAAAUCCUCUGAGGCCAAUACACUGUUUCUCACUUCCCUCCCUUUGUUCCCACUAUUCCCUUUGCUUGCAAUGUGACUUUCUGGAUUUUCCCAUAAUACAUCGUCUUGCACCCUGUAAAAGGCAGCCAGGCACCACCCACCCUAGGAAGUCUUGCUUGACUAACAGGCUGGGUUUGAUGCUCUUUUCUCGUGCUUCUUUAGUAGUCUGUUCCUCCCUUUAUCGUGUGAGUUCCUUAUGUGUAAUAACUGUCUUAUUCAUCUUUGUACCCCUCAGUGCCCAGCAGAGAAUAAGUACUCAGUAACUAUUUGAUGAACAAACGAGUUGUGCAGAAUCUGAAAACCUGCAGUAUUUUAUUUUAAUUGAGCACAGUUUUUCAGACUCUAUGGUUUUUAUAUACAUUCUAUUAGUUUUAAAUAACAUUUUCUGUAAUAUGCUUAUUUUUAUAGAAUUAAUUUUCUUUUAAAAAAGUUUUUAGUUAGAAAGGAUGGUUAGAAGCAGCCACUAAGAAGGUUAAAUGACAUACAUUUAUUACUUAAAUCCUUGAUUGUCCCUGUGGAUUCUCCACUUUAUGAGUGUGGAGAUAGUUUUAAAUUUAAUUACAUUUAAUUUUUAUUUUCUGACAGAGUCUAAUAUAGCUGAAAUAAUUAGAGUUGAUCUUCAAAUAUGGCUUUGAUGCUGAUAACUUGGGAAAUUACUGAACAGAGAUAGUUGCCUGCAUUAAAAAUAAACGUGCUGGGAUAAACCUUCCACACACUGAGAUGACCUGGAAGAGUCUCAGAACACGUUCUCAUUGGAGAACUUAGUCCUGCCACAUCAGUAGUGGGUUGAAGCGUUUUCCCUAUAAAAUCUAUGUAACUGACUUGUUUUACUUUACUUUUAGAGAUAGCCAGUAUGUGGCAACAUCGAUAACUCUUUUCUAAAUCAUUUUUAUGUCAUGUGCUUCUAUUUUUAAAACUAAAUUUUGUAAAACUGAAUUAGUAAUGCAUGCUGGCAAAAACCAAACGCAAAACAUUUUAUAAUGUUGUAACAUGUAAAUAAGCUACAGAAUUUUCUUGCAUCUGCCAAGACUGAAUUAUUUUUAACAUUAAGUAUAUUUUUAAGGUGUAGUGGCAAGUACAUCCAGAGGAAACGGAUUUAAUAGGCAUUUUCUUGCAAAUCUAGAUAUGGGUAACUAUUGAAAUUGCUUGUCAUGUGUUUGAUUUUCAUUUUCCAUAGAAUGUGUUACUUUGUUGAAACUGUAUUCAAAGGCUGGAUCAAUUGAUCUCCUGCAAGAUACACUUGAAGGUUAAGUAGCUACAGAUCUCAGCUAAUCCCGUGUAAUCUGCUGUUACUAAAUGGCUGUUUGUAUUCCAGGCAUACCAGUUUCUGAAUGCUUAGGAUUCGGUUUUCAUCUUUUGUUUAAAUAACCUCUAAAAGGAGCAAUGCAUCUCUUUGCAUGUCUGUGCAUUGUCCUUAGCUGUUUGGAAGGAGUGGGCUGUUCAUGUCCUUCACAGUGCACCUGUGAUUAUCAUGGCAGAAAUGACGGCUCAGGAUCAAGGUUGGUGCUAUGUAAUGACAUGGAUAUGAACGAGCUGCCUGCGAACCUCCCCGUGGACACUGUGAAGCUUCGCAUAGAGAAGACUGUCAUCCGCAGAAUCUCCGCGGAGGCCUUCUAUUACCUGGUGGAGCUCCAGUAUCUCUGGGUGACUUACAAUUCUGUGGCCAGCAUUGACGUCAGCAGCUUUUACAACCUGAAGCAACUGCAUGAGUUGCGCUUGGAUGGGAAUUCUCUGGCUGCUUUCCCUUGGGCAUCUCUGCUGGACAUGCCCCUUUUGAGGACCCUGGACUUGCACAAUAACAAACUAACCAGUGUGCCAAAUGAGGCGCUCAGGUAUCUGAAGAACCUUGCCUACUUGGAUUUAUCAAGCAACAGACUCACCACAUUGCCACCAGAUUUCCUGGAGAGCUGGUCUCAUUUAGUUACAACACCUUCUGGAGUCCUGGACCUUUCCCCAAGCAGGAUUAUUCUUGGUCUACAGGACAAUCCUUGGUUCUGUGACUGUCAUAUUUCCAAAAUGAUUGAGUUGUCAAAGGUUGUUGACCCUGCUAUAGUGCUUCUGGAUCCACUGAUGACUUGCAGUGAACCUGAGCGCCUCACAGGAAUUUUGUUUCAGCGGGCUGAUUUGGAGCGUUGUCUGAAACCAUCAGUGAUGACCUCAGCCACCAAAAUCAUGUCUGCUCUGGGCAGUAAUGUUCUACUGCGGUGUGAUGCCACUGGCUUCCCCACCCCACAGCUCACAUGGACCAGAUCUGACAGCUCGCCAGUUAAUUACACAGUAAUACAAGAAUCUCCAGAGGAAGGAGUCAGAUGGUCCAUAAUGAGCUUGACAGGCAUUUCUUCCAAAGAUGCUGGGGAUUACAAAUGUAAGGCCAAAAAUCUGGCUGGGAUGUCAGAAGCUGUGGUUACUGUGACAGUGCUUGGCAUUACCACAACUCCAAUACCACCAGACACUUCUGAAAGAACUGGAGAUCAUCCUGAGUGGGAUGUCCAGCCGGGAUCUGGAAGAUCUACAUCUGUAUCUAGCGCAUCAUCAUAUCCUUGGUCCUCUUCCUUCUCCCCUACAUCUUCUUUUUCUGCUUCUACUUUGCCUCCUCCCUCUACUGCUUCCUUCUCUUUAUCUCCUUUCUUCUCCUCCACUGUUUCUUCAACCACAACUCUGAGCACAAGCAUCUCAGCAAGUACCACCAUGGCCAACAAGCGAUCAUUCCAGCUCCGCCCAGGUGGGAAAAUAAAUUUAAAGGUGGCAAAGAAUGGAAGUAAACUUCCUCCAGCCAGCACAAGUAAGAAAGAAGAGCUGGCACUGUUGGAUCAAACAAUGCUUACGGAGACAAAUGCCACAAUAGAAAACCUCAGAGUGGUCAGUGAGACUAAAGAGAGUGUGACAUUGACGUGGAAUAUGAUCAACACCACACAUAACUCUGCAGUGACUGUGUUGUAUUCCAAGUAUGGUGGGAAGGACCUGCUGCUGUUGAAUGCAGACUCCAGCAAGAACCAAGUAACCAUAGAUGGCUUGGAACCUGGUGGGCAAUACAUGGCUUGUGUCUGUCCAAAAGGAGUGCCUCCCCAGAAAGACCAAUGCAUCACCUUUUCUACCGAAAGAGUUGAAGGAGAUGAUUCUCAAUGGUCUCUCCUUCUCGUGGUGACCAGUACUGCCUGUGUUGUUAUCCUACCAUUGAUUUGUUUCUUGUUGUACAAAGUUUGCAAACUGCAAUGUAAGUCAGAACCUUUUUGGGAAGAUGAUUUGGCAAAAGAGACUUAUAUCCAAUUUGAGACCCUGUUUCCCAGGUCUCAAAGUGUAGGUGAGCUCUGGACACGAACGCACAGGGAUGACUCAGAGAAAUUGCUGCUUUGUUCUAGGUCAAGUGUGGAAUCUCAGGUGACUUUUAAAAGUGAAGGUUCCAGACCAGAGUAUUAUUGCUAAGGUUCUGUAGCCCAGGUGCAUGUGAGCUACAAAACUAGCAUCUGAGGGUAUAAUUGACCCUAGGUUUGGAUGACUUUUGGACAGACUUUCACAUUGUACAUGAAAAUCACAAAUGGAAUGGUUUUAAGUAUGUUUAAAAAAUGCCAUGAGACCUCUGAACUGAAAAGACAAAUAAUGUUGAUUUUUUUUCUUGUGUGGAAAAGGUCUACAGAAAUAAUUUUUAGAGUGGUGCUUAAAAAAUUAUUAAUACUUUUUAGGGUAAUGUUUUAGUUCUUAAAAAUAAGUUCAUGUGAAAGUAGCAAGUGAACUCUGUAUUUAAAAAUAUAGUUUUUUGAGUAAUGAGGAAGCAUUAGCAAAACCAGCUAAGCCUUGAUGUUUAUUCAUGUUCGAAGUGCAUUAUGGCAUUUGCUGUGGACGUUUUCUGACAUUGCCUAAUGGAGAGCAUGGGAUCAUAAAGGAUUUUGCAUUCACUAAGGUUAAAUCUAACUCACGGGAGAGGGAGGGCUCUGUCUCUUGGUACCAUUAUGCAUUAUGAUACUAUAGAGUUGUGCUCAUAUUGUUUGUAAGAAAAACUUUGCUUUUCUUUAGAAAUAUAGGUAUUAGCAAAAGUAAGUAUACAAAGAGGAUUAUGACAAAUAGACCAUUUCUUUAAAAAUGGUAACUGUUGCAUUUAAACACAUCUGCUGACAGAUUAUAUGGAUAUUUAAAAAUAACUUUAAAUCAAUCUUUUAAUAUUUUGCUAUUUGCUCUUAUUUUCUCCCUUCUUUCUUCCUUCCUUGUCUUCCCUCCCUUUCCUUCCUUCAUUCUUUCUUUCUUCUGCUCUGUCAGAAGAUAUACAAGUUGCCAAAAGAUCACGAGCCAAGCUGUUUAUCUUUUGCCAUAUUAUCUUUUGAUUCUCUUGAUAAAGAGAAAGCUUUUGAAAUUACUUACUGCCCUUUGAAAACUUGUUUUAGAACCCCAAAGGAUAUUUUAGGACUUUAAAAGGGAAGCUUCAGUGGAUUCAUUUCGUUAGACUCUUUUCCUAGGUUAAAAACAUCGGGGAACUUAAAUACAUGGGAAAGGAGUUCAUAAAUAAAAUUUAGUUUUUUUUAGGAAGAGAAUAUUUUAAUAACUGUAGUAUAAUACAAGAGGCAUCUCGUGGCUUUAAGAUUAAUGAUAGUGAUAAGGCCCACUCAAGCAUCUCACAGGGGUGUUAUUACAUGUCACUUAGCAGGAUGCAGCCUGGCCCAGGGAUUUCCAGAAGACAAGGCCACCUCAGCACAGAUGCAACUUUCAUAAAUCUUAGAACAAAGCCUAACCUUACUAGAUUAAACUUGCUCCAUGAAAGAAACACUUGGUAAUUGACCCAGACUGAAUACAUGCAUGUAUAAGAAAUGGGAAAGAUCUCCCAAACUCUGAGAAUGGUCCUCAAAUAGAAGCUCUCCUAGUCAGUUGGUCAUCUGACCUCUGACUAUAUCCGGCCCGUGACACCAGCCAGCUCCUGCUUUCUGUCUUGUAAGAGCACUGCUGGAAUAAGCUACUUGAGCAUUAGAUGGUGUCUAAGACUCAUCUUUGAUGACAGGGAUAAAUCACCCUUGUGAAGCUGGCCAACUGGGACCACCCAAAACCUCAGAACACAACUAGCAGUGAGGAUGAAAUUUGAGUAAGCCAAUGAGUGAUGACACCCAUUUCUAUAGGAGGAUCAAGGGAGAGUGGCCAGGGCCUGGCUCUGAUCGAGAGAUUGGGUGAGGUCUGAGGAACACUCUACAGUGGGUCUGGCAGUUUUUGUUCUGUUUUCACAUCUAUUGCUGCCUUCUACCUUCACUUCGUGCCUCUGCUUUGGAGGUCGCCACCAGGUAAAAUUUGCCAAAAUUACUUUUAAUACCACUCUGGUCCCACAGGAAGGUGGGCUCCUAGGAGGAGGGUGGUAGGAAUGCUGUAGGCUGGGGGACACCCUGGGCUUGAAGAGCCAACCACCAGCUGGUAUGUUUCUAGCUUCAGCUGUGGGAGAGGAGCUCCUCGUCCCCAAAGGUCCUGGCAUCAUGAUCCCACAGAUCAAGAAGGCUCAAGUACAUCUUCUCCACAGAAGGCUUAUCUGUUGUCCGCCAACUGGGGAAAGAGGCUUCUUCAACAGAUCCCUGGUCUAAUGCCAUUAGCAAAGUCACCAUAUCACCAACGGGCAUGUUGCUGCCAUUCCCUGUUCCUCUGCAUGCUCCCAGUGAGACAGUGCGGCUUCUCCAGGGCUUUACCACCCCCUACAAUCCUGCUGGGUGCUGCCAGCAGCAGCCCAUGAGGAGCACAUCCAACUUCAGAGUUGCUACUCUGCACUUGGCUGACCUGGAGGCCUGUGAGCUGUGGCGUGAUCAUCCUGAGUGCACCAGAUUACCCCUAGCAGCACCACAGGCAUUGCCAGUCACCACCUGGCCACAGUUAAGAAAGCAGCUGCCACCUCCACAAACAGCGAGGGUGAGGAAGAACGAAUCCCAGAUCCCAAAGCAAGCACUCUCUCUAGCAGGACUGGGUUAGUAACUGUCAGAGCUGGUUGUUACAAAGUGAGGUUCCUCCUUGCCUUGGAUCCCUUUCUCACACUCACUUCCUUUUCUACUUCUGCCAUGCUGUGACAUGGCAGAUGCCUAACUGGAAGCUGACCAGAUAUAGUGGGCAGAUCUUUGACUCCUAGGCCUCCAGAAUUGUAAGCCAAACUAAACCUCUCUUCUUUAUAAAUUACUCAGUGUCCUGUUCUGGUGACUCUCCCUUAUGCCUGUCUAUUCUGUUAUGACCACAGAAAACAGACUAAGAAAAUUCUUAUGGAUAGAAGAUGCAUUCUUACCUUAAAUCUUUAGAAACCUAUGAGGGUUUCUUAUGCUUCAUAGAAGCAUAUGAGGGUUGUUUUUUUUUGUUUUUUUUUUGUUUUGUUUUUUUUUUUACAUUAAGUCAGGAACUUGCACCUUUUCACAUAAAGGAAGCACUUUACGACUUCUCUUUGGCAUAUCCAAGUUGCCUGCAUCACUAUCCUUGUGCUUUGGGACCACUGUCAAGUAAAACAAGGGUUACUGGAAUGCAAGCACCGUGAUACCGUGACAGUCUAUCUGAUAACCACGGCGGCUCCUAAGUGACUGAUGGGCAGGGAGUGCAUGGUGUGGAUCCUCUAGACAAAGUGAUGACUUAUGUCCUGGGUGGGACGGAGCAGGAUGGCAAAAGAUUUCAUCAGACCACUCACAGCCAUACCUCCUGGAAACACUCAGAGCCCUACUUGCGCUUGGCAGCCAUCUGAAACGGACAAAACCUGAAACUCUAGCUUGAUUGGACUACCUCCAAGAUCAACUUAAAAUUUAUGAAUUGUUUAUUUGUAGAUUUUCCAUUAAAAAUUUUCAGACUGUGGUUGAAGUUCGGUAUCUGAAAACAUGGAAAACAAAACCUCGAGUAAGGGGAUACUACUGUAGGCCCCUUGACACAGGCAGAAAUUCGAAGCCCUCUCAAACACCUGAUGUGGAGGCCCAACAGGAAAGGUGCCACCUGGCUGUACUGUGCGUACUGAACAGGAAGGGUCUACAAUUCACAGGCCAAGAAUACAAUAGCUGGCAGCUAUCUCCAAAGAUUGGAAGAUUGAUUUCAUUACUUAAAGAUUCUGUCAAGCUUCUCCAGGAAGCACAGUCAGGUGGGACUCUGGGCCCACAGCAGGCAGACGUGACAGAAGCUAUUCCUGUGCUCUAUUGCAAUGGCUGUUUAUGGCCUGGCAAGCAGCACAAUCCAGCAUGAGCCUCCUUACAACCAGGGCUGAAAGUGGAUGAUGUACCUACCACAAAGAGAUGAAGAGAGCUACUGAGACAUUUAGGUGUGCUCCAGUGGGUUUACACACCUUCCAUCUUCACAGGACAGAGGCAGCACUCAUCUAGCCCUUAACCCCAGCUUGAGUCUAUCUGGUCUAUGAGGAGCUGCCUUGUGCACAAAAGUUUCUCUACCUUCACCUCACAGACACAUUUUGGGCCCAGACACUGCCUGUGCACCUUGUAUCAGCAUUACGAGGACCCCUGCCCCAUCGUAUCCACAGCGACUACUUUAUGCCCUCUUGGACCAAACAUAGACUUCCUACCUGCUGGAAGACACCUCCACUGUUAACACCCAGGGUAGCCAUGGAGACUGGCCCACCAACCUUGACUAAUCGCUACCUGGCAUUUGCCUAGUAGGCCACCUCCACCGCAGUUUCUAUGGCCUGCACCUCCUGGAAACCUCAGUUGUGCUGGGCAGCCAUCUGGGAUGGACAAAACCUGAAACUCUGACUUCACUGGACCACCUCCAAAAUCACACUUUUGUAUCUACAACAUCCUCCAGUGCACAGUGUCUGCAGCCAUUACUGCUUAGUUCUGAGUUCUCCUGGUCCUCCUCUUCCAUUUUGGCCUGUCGUUGCUCUGCAAUCAAGCAGCUCCAAACCUGCUACUGCCAAGUCCAUUCAACUCCUUUUAUGUCCCUAGAGCCAUUUCCCAAGCCCCAGUGUGCCUGCUGUCUUUCACUGCUUCAGGUGGCCCAACAUUCUAUAUUGAGAUGUUGCUUCUUGAGACCUAUUCACUGAUUACUCAGUACUGAAGUCACUGACAAUUUCCACCACAGGGUCAUUUUGGUCACCCACUGAGUGGCCAAACCUGGCUUGCUGAUCAUCCCUUCACCAACCUUCAGCCACUUGUCCACUCUUCACAAUCAAGCCCUGGUUAUUGUCAACUGCCCCUCCUUUGCCAUUGGUGUGACUGCCCCCUAUCCAUGGUGAGACUGCCCCCAUCCAUGGUGAGACUGCCCCCUAUCCAUUGGUGAGACUGCCCCCAUCCAUGAUGAGACUGCCCCAUCCAUGGUGAGACUGCCCCCUAUCCAUUGGUGAGACUGCCCCCUAUCCAUUGGUGAGACUGCCCCCUACCCAUUGGUGAGACUGCCCCGUAUCCAUGGUGAGACUGCCCCAUCCAUGGUGAGACUGCCCCCUAUCCAUUGGUGAGACUGCCCCCUACCCAUUGGUGAGACUGCCCCCUACCCAUUGGUGAGACUGCCCCCUAUCCAUGGUGAGACUGCCCCCAUCCAUGAUGAGACUGCCCCCUAUCCAUUGGUGAGACUGCCCCCAUCCAUGGUGAGACUGCCCCAUCCAUGGUGAGACUGCCCCCUAUCCAUUGGUGAGACUGCCCCCUAUCCAUUGGUGAGACUGCCCCCUACCCAUUGGUGAGACUGCCCCCUAUCCAUGGUGAGACUGCCCCAUCCAUGGUGAGACUGCCCCCUAUCCAUUGGUGAGACUGCCCCCUACCCAUUGGUGAGACUGCCCCCUACCCAUUGGUGAGACUGCCCCCUAUCCAUGGUGAGACUGACCCCUAUCCAUGGCUGAACACUGCUUUCAUGAUCUCCCUUAAUUGCUCAACUGGAUGCUGGACUUGCCAUACCCCCUCUGCCGAUGCAGUUCAACUCCCACCAGAUGGUUCCAAGGAUGCCACUCAUUCCUGUCUUUCCUUCAUAAUAUGUUUUCUGCAGGACACCCUAAUGCUGAUUGGAGUACCUGGACUUGCUGGCCGGGCACCUCUCACCUGGCCGCCCAAAGAGGGUGUAGAGGUCCUGUUCUUGUGACUCUCCCUUACUCCUGUCUACAAGUCUCACCCACCCCCUUCUUGGAUUCCCUUACCUCUACCCCGGCAUGGGUAGAAGUCCCCCUAGUGUUCUGGGCCUCCACCCCCUUCCCUUUCUUGAUGCCACAAGCAUGCAGUGAGGGCAGUUGUGGCCGCCAUCUUGCUAAAGAUUAUAUUCUCGUUACAGGGAGGAUUUGGGAGUAUAGAAUAGAUUUCUAAAGCUGUGUCAGCAGUCCUGAAAUAGAAAGAAAAUUUAAUGAUUUUUAAAUUUAAAAUAAUAAGAAAAUACAAUAUUUUGUGUAAGAAAUAGAUUGACUUUAAGGUACCACUUUCUAGAAAUUAUAAUACAAGCAGCUGUAGAAUGGAAAAAUUGUUCAUUCUAAAUGUUUCUUAAUUAAAAAGAAGAAAUAAUUCUAGUUUAGGUAUAAUCUGUAUGAAUGGAUAGCCUUCUCAGAACUCCCCAAAUUCCCCUUCUUAUAUAAUUUUCUUUCCUUUCCUUUCCUUCCCCCUCCCUUCCUUUCCUUUCUUUUCCUUUUAUUCCUUUCCUUUUUCCCUCUCCUCCUCUCUCCUGUCAUCCCGUCUGCUCCCCUCCCCUCCCUUCCCCUCCCCUCCUCUCCUCCCCUCCCCUCUCCUUUCCUUUCUUUCAGACCUGGUUGUCCUUGGUGCUUUCAUCACUCAGUGCAUUGUCUAAUGAGCUAACAGUUUUCAAUUCAGUAUUCAUUGUCUCAAUUAAAAAAAAAUACCAAUUGCAGACAAUUUUGUGUUUAACUUGAAUUUAUUUUAGAUCAACGUAUUUUAAAUUAAAAGGUUACAAAACUUUUA